GAUUAACUGAAGGAUGAAGUGUUUGUGAUAAACUAAAGGAUGAAGUUUUCCUUCGUGUGUUUUAUUUUAUAUUCCAGCUCCUCCAACGAUACAGGAUGUGAAUCUCGCUGCUUCAACAUGACGGAGGUCCGGGAGGAGAUCGUCAGACUGGACGAGGGUCUGGAGCUGCAGGUUUCCCGCGACCCCAGAACGCUGCAGAUGGUGACCACCGUGGUGAUGGCGGUGACCCGGAUGAAGCGCUCGCUGGGCCACCGCCGGCUCAGCAGCGACGCGCUCUGCAGCGCCAUCAUGGAGAGCCUGGUGACCGAAACCGUCGUCACGACAACCGGGAGCUCAUCGAUGCAGCCGUUCCACCGGGUCAACAGCGAGGAGGUUUGCACUCUGAGUGACGUCUCACACAAAGACGUCAUCUGCCCGUCCGGAGGGACGAUCCUGCAGGCGAUGGUCCUGAAGGGAGGACACUCUGAUCGCAAAGUGAGUUUUAAACUGGUGAGUUUCUUAAGUCCCAGCCUCUCCCCUACAGACGGUACCGCUGUCCUCCUGUCCGUAACCAACAGCAACCGCCACAUCUCCUGCUCCUGUGAGGGCGGAACGGUUGUGCUGAAACUGGAGGUGAGACAGACAGACAGACAGACA